CUUAGCUUUUUUUCCUCCGAGACAGGAGACAUGAGGUUCCGAGACACCUGUCAGGAGGACUACUCAUCCAGAAGCUGCAUGUGAUGCAACUGGAGGCUGCUGCGUGUUUAACCAUGGACACUGCUUUUCUCGUUAUUACAGCCUCUCGGUGACCAAGGAGCGUAAAGUUAUUCUGCUGCUUUCUUCUUUUUCUUUGUGUUAUUUCUCUUUUUUUUUGCCUCCACAAGCCGCAUGAGUUCACCGCUGUUUCUAGGUCAGCUGCUCGGGGUUCCGUUAGAGAUAAUGCACCCCACCAUGGAGAAAGACACGACUUACACAAAGAUCUUUGUCGGCGGGUUGCCGUAUCACACCAACGACGCUUCACUUCGGAAAUAUUUCGAGACUUUCGGGGACAUCGACGAGGCGGUUGUUAUCACAGACAAACAGACGGGCAAGUCCAGAGGAUACGGCUUUGUGACCAUGGUGGACAGGGGAGCAGCAGAGCGAGCGUGCAAAGACGCAAACCCCAUCAUCGACGGCAGGAAGGCCAACGUGAACUUGGCGUACCUGGGAGCAAAGCCUCGCAGCUCACAGACAAGUCUCUCUGUUGGAGUUCAGCAAGUCCAUCCUACAUGGGCUCAGAGGCAAUAUGGGCUCGCCCAGCAGUACGUCUACCCCCAGGCUUUCCUCCAGCCCAGCCUGCUGCUGCAGUCCCAGCUCAGCCCCACAGCAGCGGCACUCGCCUCCCCUUACCUGGACUACAGCUCCGCCUAUAGCCACUACGCCCCCACAGGACUGGAGCAGUACCCCUACGCCCCUUCACCGUCGCCCUCCGCUGGCUACCUCAGCUACAGCUUCUCCCCCGGCACGCCAGCACCCAAUCUUACCGCAUCCCCGACCCCUCCGGCUGCCAUCCAUCCUCCUCUGGCUGCACUCACCGCCAUGUCUGCCGUCCCGCAGGCCUUCCUCCACUACCCUCUGCACCAGCCCGACCGCAUGCAGUGAGCAACUCUGAGUGGAGCUGCAGCUGCCGGACUGAUGAUUCAAAGCAGCGUGACUGUUGACCUGUGACAUCUUCAGGAUGAGACUGGAUAACCAGGGAGAGAGUGUGAUGUAAUCAAAAGGGCUUUAAGAAAUCACUCUCAUUCCUGUUUUUUAUAUAUAUAUAAUUAUUAUUGUUGUUAUAGUUGAUGAAAAUGUUCUAUUGCUACUGUCAUCAGCAUACGAUCUGAAUGUUUUUCAUACGUGGCAAACGUCAGCGACUGGAAUGAGACGACUAGUUAUCUGGACAUUUCUAUCUUACUGCUGGAGAGUGGACAGGUAAAUAAGAAAUAUGUCUGUUUGACAUGAUGCUGCGGCUGCAGUUUCUCUAAAGGUACUGAGCUGAAUGCUGGAUAUUAGCCAAGCUGAGAGCCAGUUCUUCUUUCAGAAACAAAGGUCCAAUUACCUCCUCUUCAAGGUUACCUUUCUGUCUAUGGCCUUAAAUAUCUCUCUCUCUCUCUCUCUCUCUCUCCACCUGGUUCAGUUUGUCAUUUUUACUAGUCACUAUUCUCAAAUGUUUAUUGUGCUCCUUUUGUUCCUUUUGUCGACCGCUGGCAAGUCAUUACACGGUGAUGAUCACAGUUUAACAGAAUAUGCAUUUAUAAUGAUAAAGGAUGAGCAUUAUAAGGUGGACAUCACUGGUAUUUUGUUUUUCUAUUGCUUCUGAGAGAAAGCUUUUGUUAACACUUUAAACACAACAAGUCAUCAAAUAAAAUUUCUACAGCGGCUUAUUAGGCUUUUUUCUUUUACCCAUAACUUUUGGAGUUGUCAAUACAUAUCAAGUAAGUGUUUGGCUGUAGGUGAUGUUGUUACUGAAUGUGUGUUGGGUGUAUUUGGUGUCUCUGUGUGCGAGUUGAGUGAGAGAGAAAUAGAGCGAUGCAGUAUACGCCAGUGUCAGGACCGAGCUCUUCUUCCAGCCCAUUGUACUGGUCAGAGUUGUUUCUUUGUUUUGUUUUUCUCCCAGCUGCAGAAUACAGACCGAUGCUUCAGCGAUGAUACUGGAGUCUCAUGGUGCUGUGGUGCCACCUUAGUAAAGUCCUAAACCAAGCCAUACAUCCCAUUUAAAACAAAUAUGCAAAAUAAAUAUUUCGAAGACGUUU